AAAAAUUAAUCACAUCCGAAGCCCAUGAACUCUCUUACACAAACAAAGCCCAAUUAUGCAUACUAUAAAUACCUAAAUCUUCAAAUCUUCUUCCUCCACCACCGAUUUCAAACUUCACCUCACACUAAAUACUUCUCUCCGUCGCCCAAGAGCCCAUCCCAGUCGUCGCCUAGGCCUAAUCCCCUCGCCUUUACAGCCGUCGCCUUUCAUCUUCGCCAGCCCCUGCUGUAACCCACCCCGCACCCUGCCAAACCCACCCCUGCGCAACCCCUCUCGCUGCUCGCUGUCGCGCCGCCCUGCGCCACCCCGCCAUCGCCGCCCUCGGAGCAAUCGCGCCACCCUGCCAUUGCCGAGCCAUGAAUUGGAGAGUGUUGUCUUCAACGAUGAAGAUAUGAGGGAAGAGGAAGAGGAGAAUGAGGAUGAUGAGUGAAGAGGGCUAACAUUUUAAUGUGUUUUAUUAACAAAUGAAAUUUUUUUGAAGAUGCCAAGAGCUUCCUUAUCAGGGCUCCCACUCACCAUAUUCACCAACACCACUAUGCGACCUAUUACCAGAAGGGAGUCUGUGCUUGGUUCCAAAUGCUCAUUGAGAAGCAUUUUAACACCUCCUCAUUCGACGUUUCUGCUGCGUUUUAUGCAUCAUUUUGGGUGCAGAAACGAAGGGGUGCAUCAUUCAAAGAAACCGCUACCCCUUUUCUCAUUUAGAGCGAUCUCAGUGAAUGCUUUAUCUGUUAAAAGAUCAUGUACAAUUGGACCUUGGAGUAGUUGUUUAGUAAGGGAAUAUGCUAAAGUUAGAACUAAUGAAUCUAUUGAGAUGAAGAUGGAUGAAGAUGUUAUCCGAUUUAAAAUUGGUGAUCAGAGUCAAGAAGGAACAUCCUUAAAUAAAAGGAAAGCAAUGACAAAAAAGUCAGACGUGUCAAGAAAGGCGAAGCUCAACGAACUUAGGUUUUAUCGGUUGAAAGCAAAGAAAAAAAUGAAUUCUCCAAAUCCUGAAGUUAGGAUAAGGUACAAGCUUGAGAAGGCAAAGAGAAAAGAAGCGUGGUUGAUAGAGAAACUGAGGAAAUACGAGUUGCCUAAAGCAGCGCUUGAAACCUAUGAUCCCGAAAUAUUGACUGCAGAGGAGAGGUUUUACCUAAAGCGCACUGGCGAGAAAAAGAAACAUUAUGUUCCGGUGGGGAGACGAGGAGUAUUUGGUGGUGUUGUUCUUAAUAUGCAUCUACAUUGGAAGAAGCACGAGACUGUAAAAGUCAUCUGCAAACCCUGUAGGCCUGGGCAAGUGCAUCAAUAUGCCGAGGAGCUUGUUAGGUUGAGCAAAGGCAUUGUUAUCGACACACAGCCAAAUAAUACGAUUAUAUUUUAUCGGGGGAAGAACUAUGUUCAACCAGAUGUCAUGUCACCUCCAGACACUCUUUCUAAAGCAAAGGCCCUAGAGAAAUAUAAAUAUGAGCAGUCAUUAGAGCAUACAAGUGAAUUCAUUGAAAAGUUGGAGAACGAACUCGCUGAAUAUCUCGAACAUCGUGCUCGGUAUAAGAAAGAGAAGAAGUGAAAUGACUCGAAAGGGAGAAGGUUUUGAAUGAUAUUGCACAUGAGUUAAUAUGUUUUCUUUCAUACUAUACUUUGGUUGGUUUGGAGUUGUUGACCAAUGCAUUAUAUCUUGACACAUUGUAGUAUAUAUCGCCUUAGGGGUUUCUGCUAAGUUAUUGAGAAACGAAAAGCAAGAGAUGUACAUAUAAGGAAAGGGUGGUCUAUUUUGCUCACUUUUUACUUUUUUUUUCACACGUCCUAUAAGGUGGGAAAACUUUUCCCGGGCAACAUGUACCUCAUUUUUCCUCUUUUUCAUUCCAAUAUAUGAUAAUAUUACUAUGAGAUAUUGAUAUAGUUAUAA